UAAAAAAAAAACUCAUUUCUCAGAAUCAUUACAUUUAUUUUAUAGUAAUAGAACUUGCCGCGAUUACUCUAAUAUUUGCGUGAUAUAUAUACAUAUUUUAUAAGAAUAUAUAUUUCGCAAAAUUUCAAUAUUUAAACUGCGGCUGCUACUUAGACUUGACCGCAUAUAGUUUUAGUUUCAAGAGGUUAUCUUUUCUAGCAUACCUUUUUCCUCUUGUGUUUUUUUCAGUUCCUUUUUUGCCUGUUUUUUUUUUCAAAAUCAAAAAUGAAUUCGUUGGGGAUAAACUAUGGAGAAAAGCUCAUUUUUAGUACUGGCAAUAUUAUGUCCAUAAAUGACAUUAUCAAGAAACCAAGUCAGAGCUCUACACAAGAGCUUAUAGAGGCAAUUAACUUCACCCUAAAGGAAAACUUUAAAAAUGGAGACUCAGGCGAGCAACACCUUAAAGUUAUAUCAAGGGUUGAUGAUACACGGCAGAAGAUUCAAGAGAAUGGAGUUGAUGCUCUUAAAAUUGGUUUAAAAGUAUUUCUUACUAAUGACAAUGAAGAGAAUUUAAAAGAUGCAUUGAACACAGCUUUAAGUCAACAGCUAGAUGUUUCCAAUGUAUCUGAUGUAAUAGUUUCAUUUAAAAAACAAACCACAGAUGAUCUUGAUGCUAUUAAAAAAAUUUGGCGACACCUAGAAUCUUAUGUAGAAAAAAAGGUAGUUGGGGAAAUAGGAAUUGCUGAUGUUGAAGAAAGCACUUUUCGAUCUCUUUACAAUUGGGCAAAGGUAAAGCCAAAUAUAAUACAAAUAAAUUUAGCAACAUGUUGUGUGGUACCGCCAACUUUACAAGCGUUUUGCAAAGAAAAUGAUUUGAAACUUUUUACACAUAGUGAUUCAAGUGACAUCUUGCCGUCACAAUCGAUUACAGAUAUAUUUGAGAAACCUUUGGAUUUGCAAUGGGCUGUGAGAUACACAAUUCAUAUUAAAUGUAGGGGCGUAUUAAUCACUAAAGGGUAUUGUCUUUGUUUUAGUUUAAAAUAAAAUAUAUUGCAUUUAUUAACUCUUUUAUACAGCACUUUUUAACUUUUAUUAGGAUUAUAUAAAAUCACUUGUACUGUAAACUUUGUUCUUAAAAUUUGUUGUGUUUUGAAAUAAUUUUAUAAAUGUUAAUAAUUGUGCAAAUGAUAAUAUAUUUAUACAGGGUAAUAAAAAACUCAGUACAUAUAUUUAAAAAUAUAAUAAUAAAAAUGAUUUCCCCUUGUUGGUUGAUUUGAACAAAACAUAAAUCGAGUAUCGUACAUUUAUGUACAAUUUUUAUAGAAAUCAAAACAUGCAUUGAUUAUUAAUAAAAUAAAUAGUAAAUGCUUCAAGCUUGAUAAAAACAAAAUAAUAAAUUUUUAAAGUUGAAGAAGUAGUCCAUUCUUGCAAUGGAGUGAAUAUGUCAAUGGGUAACUAAAAUUUAGUGGAGGAUGACCGAAGUAUUUUUAGUUACCCAUUAAUAAAUUUUUCUUUUUAUACACAAAAAAUAUUAAUAUUGAAUGAAUGAAAACAAAAAUAUUCUUGGUUUUAUUAAUAUUGGGUCACUUAAUCUUUGGUUAUUGGGAAAUAUAAAUAGAGCAUCCAAAGCCAUUUAAAAUUACCUUUGCUCUAUAAUUGUAUGCACAGGUUAAAAUAAUUAAUUAUUUUUGGGAAUGGCUAGGUUGUAAGGGAUCCAAUUAGAACAUAUGUAAUAUAGGGAAAAAAGGGAUCCAGAAGUAAAGCCGUAAAAUGCAUGUACUGAAUUUUCUUACACCCUGUAUAACUUAGGUGUAUGGAACUUAUAUUAUCAGUAUUUUGAUAUAGAAACAGAAACUUUGUCAUUCCCUGUUGUUAAAUGGUUUUGUAAUAAAUAUGAUUUGAUAUUA